GUGGGAGCAACAGCGAGGAAGAUAGCAAGAGGGAGAGAAGUGGGCUGGCUGGCCUUGGCGGAUACCCGCGGCCAUGAGGAAGAGCGAGGUUUUGGCCAGCGAGUCGGUGGCUUGCCUGAACCAGGCGCUGUUCCAGCUGCGCGACAUCUGGGAGGAAAUCGGCAUCCCCGAGGACCAGCGCCUGCAGCGCACCGAAGUGGUGAAGAAGCACGUCAAGGGCUUGCUGGACAUGAUGAUUGCAGAGGAGGAGAACCUCAAAGAGCGUCUCCUGAAGAGCAUUGCAGUGUGUCGCAAGGAAUUGGUGAACCUCUGCAAGGAGCUGCAACUGACUCCUUUUGAGGAGGACGAGGAGACCACCAUCCUGCAGCUAGAGAAAGACCUGCGCACCCGUGUGGAAGUAAUGCUGAAGCAAAAGCGGGAGAGGAAGCAGGAGCUGAAGGUGCUGCAGGAGCGAGACCGGGAGAUGUGCGACCUGCUCUGCACAGCUCCCUAUGACAUCGACAGUGAGGCUGUGCCCAGCCUGGCGGAGCUGGACCGCUUCCGGCGCCACUUAGCAGGACUAGCAGCCGAAAAGGAGUGCCGGCAGAAGGAGUUCCUCGAUACCAAGAGGCAGAUCAUCCUGUGCAUGGAGGAGCUGGAGCACACCCCAGACACCAGCUUUGAGCGAGAUGUCGUGUGUGAGGAGGAGGAGGCCUUCUGUCUCUCGGAGGACAACAUUGCUGCCCUGAAGGAUCUCUUGCAGCAGCUCGAGAGCAGGAGAGCUCAGAAGGAAGCCUUGUGCCAAGAGCUGCGUUCCAGGAUUCGGGUACUGUGGGAGCGGCUGCAGGUGCCUGCGGAGGAAAGGGAAGCCUUUGCCCCCUACAUGGUGGGAGCCAAAGCUGCCGUCAUGGAUGCUCUGCAACUGGAAGUGGAUCGCUUGCAAGAGCUGAAGUUUCAGAACAUCAGAAAUGUAGUGGAGGCCACCCGGGCCGAGCUGGCAGACUACUGGGAGAAGUGUUUUUAUGGGGAUGAGCAGAGGCGAGCCUUCUCCCCCUACUAUGAAGAUGACUUCACUGAAGAGCUGCUGCAGCAGCAUGAAGAGGAAGUUUCCCGGAUAAAGCAGUGCUACGAAAGGCAUCAAGAGCUGUUUGAAUCCAUCCACAAGUGGGAGAAGAACUGGCGCCUCUUCCAGGAGCUUGAGAGGAAGGCGACGGACCCCAGCCGCUUCACCAACAGAGGGGGUAACCUUCUGAAAGAGGAGAAGCUGCGAGCGAAACUCCAGAAGACUCUUCCAAAGCUGGAAGAGGAGCUAAAGGGGUGUGUGGAGCUCUGGGAGCAGGAGCAAGAGCAGGCCUUCCUGGUGAAUGGACAGCGCUUCAUGGAGUACGUGGCAGAGCAAUGGCAGCUCCACCAUUUGGAGAAGGAGAAGGAAAAGCAGGAGCGACAACUCAAGAAGUCCCGCCAGAUUGAGGAGGAGAUGAUGUAUGGUAGCACCCCACGGACCCCCAACAAGAGACGGGGCUUGGGCUUCAUCACACCCAGCAAAGUGCGAAAGCUUAACACCACAGCUACCCCGAACAGCACCAUCCGUUCAGCAUUUGGGGGCUCUCUGUUCCACUCCCCAACACCCCACCAAGCACUUACUGGAGGAAAAGGCUCCCGGAAGCUGACUGUCAAAAGCUCUAACCUCCAGUGCUGCUCCCCUCUGCCUCCGCAGCCUUUCCGGACUCCCAGCCGCAUGGCCCCCAAGUCCCCUCGCCCAGGACCCAUGGAGCACAACAAGGAGAAUGUCGCUCAGCUCAACAGAACAGCUCUGAGCGGUGGGUGCAUCCCUGCAGCCCCUGCCCAGAGCUCCUGCAGCAUUAACUCUGUUGCCAGCACCUAUUCCGAGUUUGCGCAAGAACUUUCAAAGGCUUCCAGAUCUGACUUCAAAUCCCGCAUCCUUAACUCCACGGUUUCCAAUGUUGAGAGCUGAUGGGGAGCUUGUACACAGCGGCAAAGGAAGGUAGCCUAAGGAGCUGGCACCACUGGACUUCACUCCUGGCAUUAGGAAAAGCCGUGUGCCUCCCUGCCUGGCCCUGUUGCCUGUGUGGCAAUGGAGGCAGGGCCACUUUUAACUAUUUGUUCCUUGUUUUUACCACAAUGAAUUUUUUUAAACAAUUUUUUUGUAUAUUAAAAAGAAUAAAAUGUAAAUGUUGCAAAGGG